AUGCGGGUGCUCGGUAUCGAUUUUGGGACGACCUCUUUGAAGAUCUGUAUUUUGGAUGAAGCAAAAGAUAUUCUGUACGAAGCUCAAGCUCGACAUGACGCUGAGAGCGAACUCGGGGUGCAGGAUGUUGCGAAAACGUUGGGAUUGGCGAUGAAAAUGUUGGAAGCUGCGGAAAAGGAGCAUGAAAAUAUUGAGCGUAUCACUGUGGCUGGCCAAAUGCAUGGAAUUGUGUUUUGGUAUUCAAAUCUAGGUGAAGAUUUGACAACGCUGGAUUGUUCUGCUUUAUAUACAUGGCAAUACCCUGAAACCACGAAAGCUAUUUUGGCGGAAUUAACCAGUCUUAGCCCGAUCGAGGUAUUCCCCGGAUACGGUAGUUCAACUCAUUUGUACCUACAACGUAAAAAUGAACUGAAAUCGAGCUGGGACCGCUGUGGAACCAUUAUGGAUUUCUUUGUGGCUUGGAUGACACGGUGCAAGACAGUGUUUAUUGGCACCCAAAAUGCGAAUGACUGGGGAUGUGCUGCCGGAAAGCGAUGGAACCAUAAGGAUCUUGUGAAGGGUAUUACAUUACCAUCAAUCGCGCAGGACGGAGAAGUGCUUGCCGAGCGGGUUAUUGAUGGCUUUCCAUUCAAAGGGGCUGAAAUAUGCGUCCCACUCGGCGAUUUACAAGCGGCGAUAUUUCCGUUUAUUCGUGAAAAGACGGCAGUGCUGAAUAUGGGAACUGCUGCUCAAAUUUGUUGCCUUGUCGCCCCAGAGUAUAAACUUCCGGCUGGCUACGGUCAUCUACGCUUGGACCCUUUCGAUCAAAAGAGCGCACUUUUGGUGGCGGCCGGAUUGAAUGGUGGAACGGCGUUGCAAACGUUUCUUACUAUGAUUUCCAAUUGGUCGUUCAGUCUGCAAGAUGGACCUUGCACAGAACUAGAUCUCGCAAAAAUUAUUGAAAACUGUAAUAAAUAUUCCGACAUAACGACUAUGCCCAAAUUCCGCCCAACUUUUCAUGGCGAGAGAGGACUUCCGGAACUGAGUGGAGCCUUGAUAUCCGGGUUAACCGGAGAGGAGAGCCUUUAUGAGAUUCUAGCUGCCCUACACCGUGGUAUAAUCGAAACCCUUUUCACUCUACUGCCACUUCAAUUCUUAAAGGAAAUGGGAAUCGAGCGAUUUUGUUUGCUGGGUUCCGCCUCAGAACCUCGAUUCCUCGUCCACAUCAAACAUAUCCUUGGUGGCGAGUUUCAAAUCGAAAAAGGUGCCCAAAACGUCUCUUCCGCUUACGGCUGUGCAGUACAAGCAAUUUAUCAA